AUGGCGGCUACCACUGCCGCCACGUCUCCUAAACUCGAUGCGAGUAAAUACAUUUUAUCUUCCGUAUGUUCUCUGAAACCGCGCCAGACCGAGGCCCCUAACCGUGACCGAGUCUCUCGCGCCCUCGGCGCCGCAUUCCUCUCCCACCAAGUCGACAACCUCCAGCGCUCAGUGGAGGAUAUGUCCUUCUCUCGUGCACCAGGAGGUCCAACUCGUGGGAUGUACAGCGGACCCUGUGGCCGUAGUGCCUCGCCAUCUCCCCCAGUCAAGGCUGCGCAGAACACUUGGCCCGCGCCUGGAGGUGGUGUAGCGGGAAACAGAGGGAGGGGGAGGGGUAGUCCCGGAAGAGGAUAUGCGAAUGCCGUGACCGGAUCGCGUGGACAGAGUCAUCGGGACCGUGAGCGGGAGAGGCAGCGGAGAGCAGACGAAGACAAGGAGUUCGAUCGGUCGCUUCCCGUGGCUGCUACUAUCCCCCCCAGGGCGAUUCCCGCGCCGAUUCCCUCUGGGCGCGCACUUCCAGAAGUGGUCGAUGACCGGGAUCUGCCUGAUCCUGAUCAAGAAGAGAGGGAGAUUAUGGGCAUACAUGGACAUGGACCCCAGGCCAUGAAUCCGAUCCUUUCCUGGCGAGUGGAAGUCGCCCGGGACGCAGAUAGCGUGCCUAUUCUCAAGGCUAUCCCGUCGCCUGCACUCGAUGCCGUUCCUAUCGACUAUCCCGUUACACCCGAAGUACAUACCGGCCCAGCAGUGCCGGCGGGUGUCAACCCCCUCUCUUUCCAGCGCCGGCUUGCCGACCGCAUUGUCCUCGACUCCUCCGUGCUAGUACAUUCGCUCGGAACAGUACGCAAGUGGUGCGGCGAAGGCAGGAAGGAGGAAGUCGUCGUUCCCCUCGAAGCGCUGAAUACGCUUGAUUUGUUGAAGAAAGGUUCCUCCCCUUUGGCCGGGAGUGCACGCGCUGCGAGUCGCUAUCUUGAGGACCAGGUGGGCAUCAACCCGAGGAUCACAGUACAGGGUGAGGAGGCAUACAUCCCUUGGGAGCAGAUUCCCUCGGUCAUCCCACUCGCGCUCGUGUCAUCCAUAUCCCAGCACACCCGAACAGCGUCGGUCGACUCCUCGCCCGCCCUCGGCCCUGGCCCGCUGACGACCCUUUCCGGCUUGCGCACGAACAAGAUCGACUGCCCGGACUGGAUCAAGCGCACAUUGUGUUCCGCGGCGUUCGAGUUUGUGAAUGCCUUGCAUCAACAGAGCUGGGGAGCGAGAAAGAGUGUCUUAGCUGUGAUCGCGCCCCAAGGAGAUAGGCUUCGGGGAGAUGACGAUACCCAGCGGUGGGAAGGACGUGCAGAUGGACGAGAGGUGCGCGCCUGGGCACAGGAGAUGAACAUCCUCCUGCUCGAACUGGGGAAAACUCCCCGUGCCGAGAGGGAGAGGCGGAGUGUGGACAGCGAUAGGGAGAGAUUUGGACGUGCUGUGAGUGGAGCAAGCGGGGGAAGGGGUGGCGCGUUUGGUGGAAGGGGCAGGGGCAGGGGAAAGCGAGGUGGCAGAGGCGCAGGCUCCGGUACAGAGGCAAUCGUAGACAAACCCGUGCAAGAAGCGCCUCGGGUCAUCAAGGUUCUGGCGAGAGGCGAGAGACUGGACACGUAACCCCCGGUCCCGUCUCCCUAUUAACGAUCCUGAAACAAUGCCGCUACCGCAAAGCGGCAUAUCUUUUCUAAUCGCCCGUUCCUGCAAGCGAGAUUAUAGCCCUCCGGUAUCGACGUUCGCCCUGGUGCUCGACGAAUUUCGCCUGCGUGACCCCGCUCGUCCUCGCGUUCUGCACCAUCAUGUCAAUUCCCAUCUUCGUCGUCCUUGCGCUGAAUGCUCGCCGCGAUCGACGUUGCUCCUGGGCUGUGAAAUGAUCGCGUGAUAACUAUGCUUUCUUGUCCUGAUGCCUCUCUCUUAUUGUCUUCGUUUUGCGUCUGGUACGCCGUUCCUCCAAAUUUUGCCCCUAUAUUCCUCCAAAUGGGUCUACCCCUUUCAAGCGCCGUGCGCGCAAACGCUCUACCCGUGAGAGC